ACAUUUCUCUCUCUUAUAAAGUUUGGAGGCUUCAACUACAUUUCUAUAAUAUAUUGAAAGAUAGACGAGAGAGAUGGGUAAGAAGAAGAAGAAAGUGAGAUGGAUAAAACACUACAACAGUGCCCAGAAGAUACUUUUGGUGGGGGAAGGGGACUUCUCAUUUUCAGCAUGUUUAGCCAGAGCUUUUGGCUUUGGACGAAAUAUGGUUGCCACUUCCCUUCAUUCCAAACGUUUGCUAGCAGAGAAGCACUGGAGCAGUGUAGAACACUUGGAGGAAUUGGAGAGCUUGGGAUGUCUAGUACUGCAUAAAGUUGAUGUUCAUAAGAUGAGCUUCCAUCACAAAUUAAAACACAGGGAAUUCGACGUUGUAGUUUUUAACUUCCCUCAUGCUGGCCAUUUUUCUGGCUACACCGAAAAAGAUGAAGAGCUAAUUGAGUUGCACAAGGAUCUGUUGAGGGGGUUCUUCAAUAGUGCCAGAGGGAUGCUGGUGAAGGAAGGCGGUGAAGUCCAUGUCACCCACAGGGAUGACUAUCCUUACAACAAAUGGGAAUUGGAAGUGCUUGCAGCUGAAUCAGGUUUCUGUCUGAAAGAGAGAGUGAGGUUUGAGAAGAGAGAUUAUCCAGGUUACCAUAACAAGAGAGGAGGUGACAUCAACUGCAACAAGACAUUCCCUCUCAAGUCUGAGUGCUUUACUUUCAAAUUCUCUCUCCAAAUGGAAAACGUACUCGAGAUCAGCUGCAAUAGAAUAAGGAGCAUGACCUUGAACGAAUUUGAAGAAAAUUCUGGUGGGAAUACCGGAGGAUCGGUAUCUAAGAUUGCAGAAGGGAGUGAGGCAGGUGCAAAGACAGUUUUUGGUGAAUGAUUCUCCAAAGAGAUUUGAUGUGUUUCAUAUGAUAAUUCACUCGAUUUGGCUGAGAAGAUUGAAUUUUGCUGUUUAUAUGUAGUUGAUCAAUUUGAAAGCAGGAAAUUAUUUUGUUGCAUCAUGUAACAUUAGGACCAAUUUACAAGAUCAAAAUCGCCAUCUCGAUAAUUAGUUAAAAGUUAUUCCAUGAAAACAAACGCUUUGGGACCCAAAUGAGUUCGAAUCAUUACAUAUGGCUCCGUGAUCUGUAUCUAGACAACUACACUCGCAUU